UGUGGAAAAAAAAAUUCUGCCACCCACAAGUUGUUUAAAAUUCAACUUUUAUACUAUUCUUAUAUACCAAAUACUAUUCAUAAUGUUCAGGCGAUCUAUAGAUCACCCUGUCAGUUCUCUAGAAGCCAGUGAUCUAAUUCGUAUUGACCGUGGUCAACGUGGGCUAUUGAAGCUUCCUGUCAUUCGCGAUGUUGAUCUACUCAUGGCUACGUUUGGAGCGCAAGAAACACACUUGUUUAGCGAUUUCAUGGAAGCUUGGAAAUCGCUAAACUUCAAUAAUGUGCACUUUACGUCGAUCGACAAGGAAACUCGGCCGAGUUUUAUGCAAGGAUUUUACGACGAAUUUCUGGAAUACAUCUUAAGCGAUGUUCAAAAUGCGCGGAUCGGCGCACUGUAUGGGCUUUAUUGCAUGUAUUUCUCUCAGCCAUCACUUCCUGAUCCAUGUAAUAUCCGCGUUACGAGAGAUCAAUGGCGGAUCAUGUUUCAGUUCUACAUCGACGGAGCGACAACAUACCUUGACGACAAAGAGCAUGCGAGUGCCAGCUUUGCGUUUAAAAGGCUGUUAGAAAAUAACGCAUUCGUUCAUGUCAUACAGACCAAGAUGGAGACGCAUAGCUUUUUUGAGCUGGAAGAAAUGAAAACCUCCUAUGGAUUACUAGAAGAAUUCCAUACGAUGAGAAAGAGACGAAUUGCACAAGAUGCAAUAUCAGCUUGCAGAAGAGAUGAUGCAUCAAGGCGGAUAGAUGAGCUUUUAGCGAAAUAUCAGAAGGCCAAAAGCAUUGCAUGCAUGACGCCGCAAGCAUCGAUCGCUGCCCAAGACUUGUUAUACUUUAAGACAGGCGUGAAAGAAACGAAGUCAAGGCUGUUACAUAACGUGCUUGCCAAAAGCUCUAUAUCGGCAGACGAGAAUGAUUUCAAAAAGACAUUAGAUAAUGCAGCGAAGGCCAUGUGGAAUUCAAGAAAACGGCGGUUAGAACAGUAUUCGGAAAGAGCUUCUGCUCAAAGCAGGAAAAAGAAAGCGACUGCUGCUCCUACUGAUACGACACCAACAGAAGAACCAUCCUCAUCAACGUCAUCAUCAUGAAUGUUAUUUGAAUCAGAUAAAACAUGAAUCUGCGCUCCAAAUGCUAGCCACUGAGCAAUCAGAGGAAACGUUAAAUCUGGG